UUCUGUUUACUGUGUCAGGAACAGCACCGAAACAUUUCAGCAAGCAUCUCCUAAGCCAGGAAGGAGAGCCCAGACCCUAUUUGGAUCAAGUCCGCCCCCUGAGCCUGAAUGAUGACUGCAGAGUCCAGGGAAGCCACAGGUCUGUCCCCACAGGCUGCCCAGGAGAAGGAUGGGAUCGUAAUAGUGAAGGUAGAAGAGGAAGAUGAAGAAGACCAUAUGUGGGGGCAGGAUUCCAGCCUGCAGGAGACGCCUCCUCCCGACCCAGAGAUUUUCCGCCAACGGUUCAGGCACUUCUGUUACCAGAACACGUUUGGGCCUCGAGAGGCUCUGAGUCGACUGAAAGAACUUUGUCAUCAGUGGCUACGACCGGAGAUCAACACCAAGGAGCAGAUCCUGGAGCUGCUGGUGCUGGAGCAGUUCCUUUCCAUCCUGCCUAAGGAGCUCCAAGUCUGGCUGCAGGAAUACCGUCCCGAUAGUGGGGAGGAGGCCGUGACCCUUCUGGAAGAUUUAGAGCUUGAUCUAUCAGGACAGCAGGUCCCAGGUCAAGUUCACGGACCUGAAAUGCUCGCAAGGGGGAUGGUGCCUCUGGAUCCAGUGCAGGAGUCCUCGAGCUUUGACCUUCAUCAUGAGGCCACCCAGUCCCAUUUCAAGCAUUCAUCUCGGAAACCUCGCCUCUUACAGUCACGCACUCUCCCUGCCACCCAUGUUCCUGCCCCUCAUCACGAGGGGAGUCCCAGAGACCAGGCGAUGGCAUCUGCACUAUUCACGGCAGAUUCCCAGGCAAUGGUGAAGAUCGAGGACAUGGCCGUGUCCCUCAUCCUGGAGGAAUGGGGAUGUCAGAACCUGGCUCGGAGGAAUCUCAAUAGGGACAACAGGCAGGAGAAUUAUGGGAACGUGUUUUCCCAGGGUUGUGAAAACAGGAAUGAGAAUGAGGAGUCAGCCUCAAAGGCUGAAAUCGCAGAAGACUCAGCGUCACGUGGGGAGACAACAGGAAGAUUCCAGAAAGAUUUUGGAGAAAAACGUGAACAGCAGGGCAGAACAGUAGAAAGGCAGCAGAGAAACCCUGAGGAAAAAACAGGAAGAGAAAAAAGAGAUUCGGGGCCAGCUACAGUCAAGGAAAAAAAACCCACCGCGGGAGAGAGAGGUCCAAGGGAGAAGGGUAAAGGUUUGGGAAGAAGCUUCAGUCUGAGUUCAAACUUUAACGCCUCUGAAGAAGCUCCAACGGGAGCAAAGUCCCACAGAUGUGAUGAAUGUGGGAAAUGCUUCACGAGGAGUUCAAGCCUUAUUCGCCAUAAAAUAAUCCACACUGGAGAAAAGCCCUAUGAAUGUAGUGAGUGUGGGAAAGCCUUCAGUCUUAACUCAAACCUGGUCCUGCAUCAGAGAAUCCACACAGGAGAGAAACCUCAUGAAUGUAACGAGUGUGGCAAAGCCUUCAGUCACAGUUCGAAUCUCAUUCUCCAUCAGCGGAUCCACUCUGGAGAGAAACCCUAUGAAUGUAACGAGUGUGGGAAGGCCUUCAGCCAGAGCUCAGACCUUACUAAACAUCAGAGGAUCCACACAGGGGAGAAACCCUAUGAAUGUAGUGAAUGCGGAAAAGCUUUCAACCGAAACUCGUACCUUAUUUUGCAUCGGAGGAUUCACACCCGAGAAAAGCCCUAUAAGUGCACUAAGUGCGGCAAGGCCUUCACCCGGAGCUCCACCCUCACUCUGCAUCACAGGAUCCACACCAGGGAGCGAGCCUCCGAGUACAGCCCCGCCUCCCUCGAUGCGUUUGGCGCAUUCCUGAAAAGCUGUGUGUAAAGUGAGAAUUCGUCAACAAGCCAUUUCCCCCUUUUGUUUCCAGAAUUACUUCAGAGAUUGUGCCCACAGAGGGGAAAAAAAGGCGGCCUCAACAGAUUAAAAGGAAAAAAAAAAUCACACUUCAGGAUCCUUGUAGUUCCAUCAGCAGUGUUCCGCCUUUGCAUCGUCUGUGGGCAUGUAAUCCUUCCAUACGGCCCCUGCAGGGAAAAGCUAGUCCUAUGGAGAAUCCACACGAUAUUUCCAUACAAGAUAAAAGCACACAUACAGUCAAAUGUCAAGCUUUUCAGUAAUGAGGAUACCUUUAAGGCGCUCUCAGACUCAGCAACCACAACAUAGAAUUGAAAGAUCAAGAUUGGCUCCGUGAAGGCAAUACUGGGGUUUUAAAGCUGCUUGCUGCAAACAAGCCCUACUUGGCCAACAUCUUGCUCUACCUUAUUUCUCAGAAACAAGGAACCGUUAAAACAAACUGCAUUGCGACAUGCUGCUCAAACUAGUUAUAUAUACGAUAAGUUAUAUACGAUCACUGGUAGCCUGCCAAAGCUAUAGAAAUCUAGGACUGUGCUGAUCGGUAUCAAACCAAAGAUUUCUAGCUCUUCCUGAAAGAGGGUAUGUGCACCAGUCUACAGUUCCAAAGGAUUCCAACAAAUGUAGAUGGUUCUAUCCUCAUCGCUGAGAUAAAUUCUACUGAAAUGGCAACAAUGAUUCAAAACCCUUCUCUCCCUUCUCGAAAUCCCAAAAGCACUAUUGCACUCCAAAAUGCAUUUCUCCACAAGUUAGCACUUGAUUGAUUGUAGACUGUCUUUUAAUCCUCCGUUGUUUCGUGUAUGAAAGUUUUCAUCAUGCCCCCUCCCCAAAGAGAUGCUUCGAACAUCAAGGGAUCACUCUGUAUCCCGACAGCACUGGAUACAGUGCUGAACACGGAAGAGGUACUCGUUAUACCUGACUUCUACCAGGACUUCUACGCUUACGCUGAAGUCUGUGUGAAUCAGGAGUACCUGAAGUAGGGUCGCCUGGCCCAGCUUUGGAAGAGGACCUUCGGAGUCCGAGCAUGCUACAGCUCCAGGGUCUGAUGUUCCUUUUAUCCUGAGUAUAAAAGAAAGCCGCUGGGUAGCUACCUGCAUAAACUUUUCUAAACACAGAUCUGUGAGUAAAUAACCACGGAAUGCCAGAAACAACUCUCGUCAUCAUCUUCAGAAAAAUAGGAACUUUUACUAAGGCCGUAUCUUGACAUCUUUCUGGGGCGAAAGAUCUUAGCCAGAAUUCUCUUCAGUCAGCUGAUGAACAGCAUGAUCAUUUAGGCACUUUCUCAGUCAUUUGUGACUGAAUAAUACAGUGCAGAAGACAUGGUUUUUGUUGCUUUUCAGAACAAGGAAAGGUGUAGAGUGCAUUUUCCCCCCACACUUUCCAGAAUGUUUGCAAAGGCAUUUGAUACCAUCAGCUGGCAAUUCCCCAAUGUGUGUGUUGCUCUGGGAAGUUCAUCGACAAGCUGAGAUGUGGUUGGUUGUAUGAUAGUUGAACUGCACAGAGUCUUUUCUGUUUCUCAUCCCUGAAGACUGAGGGGAGGCUAGGAAACUGGUCUUUUCCGUCGUCUGUGCAGGAGGAAGCAAUCGGCUGCCUAGAAGCUAGUGACAGACGGUUUUCAGAUACACACACGGGAGAGCCAGGUAUCCUGGGCGUCAUAGGCAGUCCUCAGGGACUCGGGGAGAAAGGUCUCUGCUCGUGAGAGUGUGCAAAUGAUGGUGCACAGCCCUGCAGGAACUUAGAAACAGACUAAGAGCAGACCUGAAGACUCUCUGCCUAAUGGGAGAACCCCACAUAGAGUUUGAGUUUUUCCCUCAAGAAACGACUAAAACUGUCAUCCUUCAGCAGUUGUUCCCUGACCGACAACUCAAGCCCACCAGACGCCCUGGCUUUAUGGGGAACCAGUGAGGUGGGGGCAGCUGUGGCCUCAGUUCCAGACCAAACUAAAAUUCUGCGCAGCAGUGAUUCUUUGGCCUCUCUUCAUAACUGGGACCAACCACCUGGAGCUUCUAAGCAGUUCCAUCAGUGUCGCCUGCGGAAACUUCAAGGAAGUCCCCUGGUGACCGGGAGAAUUCCAUCCAUCCAGUUUAAGAACAGCAGGAGAUGCUCCAGAAGAGUAUACCUAAUGGCUUUUUAUAGUAAAUGAAGGCGGAAGAAGUGCUUUUAAGGUUUUCUUCAAAAAGUGAGCCACAGUGGAGGCUUCACACAAACCUGCUGGCGCUCGUCAGCAGAGACUUGCCCCCGGGAAGCCCUGAGAGCACCGAGGCGCUUCAGCCCGGGCACCAAUCAAAGCGCCGACUGUUCUGGAGAGGCAGUGAACUUUGGUUGGUUCUACAUGGGCCUUUCUUGGGCCGCAACUACAUGCUGCCAUCACGCAGUCGUCGUUUGUGUUUUGAAAGUUCGGUGCAACCUGCGCCUCGCGUUUCUGUCCUGUGCCAACCAUGGGGUGGUCACCGUGGUUGCCUUAGGUCUUCGGCAGACGCACUCCUUCAAGCAGCCAUUUGAAAACGCAUUUUCUGAAGAAGCCAGGCUUGGGCUGUUUAUUAAAACCAUUCACGUCACGUCCAUUUAUCAGCUGCCCAGCGCGAAGUGUAACUGGGUCAUGGUCAGAAGGGCUUACCACAGCUCAUUAGCGUCGGGGCGUUCAGAAGUUCUUGACGGGCUUGAAGUACUCCGUAGUUAACCAUUAGCAUGCUAGUUGACCUAAUGGAAGUUUUUGAAGGGUUUUUAAGAAAAUACCUUAUUAAAUAAACCUGCCAGGAAGAGAAGUGAAAUCCUUCAGAUUGUGGGGAAUUUGUUUCUACUCCAGCCUGGCAGACAAAGCUACAGCCUGAGAAUAUAGAUCUCAGAAUAUGAGGCAUCUUGAUAGGCUAAGACACUUAGUAUUUUAUUCAAGGCAUAAAAGUGAGACUGUGCUAACUUUGUACAGAGAGUUUGCCGUGUUUGACGUGUGUGACCAUUGACAUCUCACAUACAUCAGAGAAUUCAUUCCAGAAGGGAACCUCAUGAAUGCGAUACGUAUGGCAAAGCCUUCCAUCCUAUCUCAGCCCUUAGCAUCAGAAAGCUUAGCUGUUAAUAAACUUUAUUAAUAUUGUACCUGAGGCGAACUUUCAUGUAUACCACUCGUUGCUUUGGACAGAAAAUGAAUUCUGUCAGUAUGUUCCAAUCAUGUAAUGAAUUUCAGAAACACUGCAGAGGAAGCUCGAUCUUAACUCCAGAGGAUCCACAGAAGAAGAAAAAAUGUGGGGAAAUGCUAAAAAGAAGGCAAAAACUGUUCAUGCUGGGUACUUCUAUAUAUAUUUUGUAUGACCGCAAUGUCAGUGUCCAUGUUUUGUACCUCUGACCCGGUUCUACUCUGUAUUCCCUGUAAACAGAUAAUGUACUUUAUUUUAAUCUAUUUGACAGAACACGUCACUCCAAAAGAGCAAAGUUUUGGAGUGAGUAGUGAAGGAGGUGAUGUGGGUAUAGAUAAAAAGUCAGUUCACAGACCUGAGGAGGGGGGAAAUGAGAGAAAAACCUUCAUAAUUUAGUGCUUACCAAAUCAGGAGAGGAGAUUCAGAGAUUCCUUAGGAGAGACAGGUUAAUAGGGCUCUAGAAUGGAAUGGUUCCUAGAAACAUCUGCAGCUUCCUGGGCGUUUUCUCUUCAAAGCCAGGAAGUGGACCCCUUAGCUGCCAGCUCACCAUUCCAGGCAAAGAGAAUGGAUUCUCUGAGCUUCCGGUGGGGGGUGGGGGGAGCUUCUCCGUGAAUUGAGAGCGGGGAAUGCCCUGGGAAGGCCAGUGGACCACUUAACCUGACCAGAUUGUGGAAACCAUAGUCCCGCUUCCCCCACUAAUCUUCAUGCUUAGGAAAUUUGGGAUAGCAAAGCACCAAGAUGGGCCCUUUCCUGGAAAAUAGGCACAGAUGCAUCCAGUUCCUGGCAUGGCAGGAAGUUUUUCUAACAAGGCUGGAGAAGCAUUUUGUAGUAUUCCCUUUGGCUGUACUCCUGUGUACCUUCCCUGCCCCCCGCUCACUUCCUCGGAUUGUUCCUUCCCCAUGACUGUUGGAAGGCUUGUGAAGAUUUGUAGCUAUGAAGGAAUUUUUUCCUCCCUUUUACCCUAGAGUUGAUCACCUUUCAUUCCAGGGUCUGGUCACCCUGAAGUCCUCAUCAGAAGCUAGCUAACCAGGUUCAUCCUACCAUCCUCAUGGAAGAUUUGGUUACACGAAUUGGAGUAACAGUAUUAAAACAUAGUCAGACGGUGACAGCAAUACUUGCCAGAGGAGCCAUAUUUUUUGUGUGUCCCACUCUGAGCAACUUCUCAGAAAUAUUUAUGAGGGGGCUGGGUUCCCCAUUUGGGAAACCAUGAAGGUCUGCAGGUUGCAAAGUGAAACGUAGAAUCAGAGAAGAGAAAAUUAAAUGGUAUAAAUAGAUCUUUUCGUAGAAGUUAGAGUAGAUUUUUAUUUCAACUACUACUGGAGAAUUCAAUAAAAAGCAUUAUUUGAAAAGUUUUCCUAACAUAGGUUUAGGUUUUGUUUUUAGAAUGGACACACUACUGUACAUUUAAAAGCAGUUACUUAUUUUGCUACUCAAAUUAAUUUUUUAUUCUAUCUGAAGAUGAAAUUACCUGUUUUACUUUUCAAAGCUUUGUAAAGCAAACUUGAAGUUAUAGGGAGGCUAAGCCAUCUCCAAUUCUGCAGGUCACACAAAAGUUGGAGAAACACUUUGGACAUCUCAUUUGACAGAAUGUCCUAACAUGAGAACAUAGUUUUCAUAUUGUCCGGUCUGUUUAACAGUGGAUACCACAAACCUCAUGUUUUUCUCUUUAUCCUAAAACAGUGGAAGGUAAGGAGAGGCAUUAGGUUGACUUCUAAGCAAUGUUAUUUUAACAGUAAGAAAAAAAAAAGUCUUUAAGAUUUCUGCCCUCCAUUUACUUAAAGAAUCAUGGCUCAUUUAAGAGUUACACAGUAGUCAGCAAAGCUAAUUGGUCUUAAAGUCAAACUUUCUCCCUUCCACAAGCACUCAUUAAGCAGUGAGGCUAAGUGUUUUAAGAUACUAAGAAGAAAAAAUGAGACCUGUGAGUGAAAGGUGGUGUUAAAACUCGGAUUUCAUUCCAGUUUCACAUUUGGGUUUUAAGUUCCUUGGGUCCAGGGAAGGGACUAGGCAGCUGCAGUCGCCCCAACUCAGGUGUGUUGGACAGUGCUCGCUUGCCUUCCCCCUCACCUCAACCUCUGAACAGUUUAGGUAAGGUUUCUUUCUGCCCUAGCGAGGACAAAGCAUGUUAGGCUUAGAGCUGCUUCUGCUAGUAGCAGGAGUUCUUCCGUGAGAACAAAUAGAUGGGGGGGGGGGGGGCAACAGACGGUGAUUGUGCCGGAAAAUCUUGGUCUAAAAAUAAUGUGAGUUUAAGGUUAAGGGGGGGCGUUGUAAGCAAAAUCAGCAAUUAUUUUAAAAAGAACAUAACGUAUUUUUAUUAACUUGUAGUUAAAUAUAGAUUAUUACAACCAGGUCAACAUCAUAAGCCUAAAUCUAUAUAGAGAGCUAACUCAGGCAUUGUCUUGUUUUUCUGUAGACUGGAUAAGACAAACCUUUCCUGUUUUGUCAGUCCCUAGUUUCUUAGUUUAGAAUAAAUUAGACCAAAAGAAGAAACUUGUCUUUGUAUACCCUCAGAAUUAAGUUAUUGCUGUUGAAACCUGGCCUUUCAUUUCACUAGUCUUAGAAGAGUCCAGAUGCUUGGUAGAUGUUCAGUAAGUGAUUUUUAAACUGAAUUUGUUCAUUUAGAAUCCUCAUUAACCUUUCUAGGAAGGCUUCUUUGAAUAAAUAAUGGAAUCUUAGAGGAAAAGUGGUUUGUUUUUUAAAAAGCUAGGGAACUCCUCUAUUGAAAAUAGUUUGAAAACUUGAUGGAGGACUAAAGUUUCCAUCAUGAGAAAUGGCAGCAAAGUACCACUGAAUGCAUUUAUAGUCAGUGGUCCAUUUUGGGAGGCCGGUGGUAUCUGACAAAUGUUAGAGCAGAUGGGGAAGGAAAUUAUGGGGAAUUGUAAUAAAUAUCUCUUUAUGUCGUUUCUCUUCUGGGUCAUGGUAAAACAAUAAAUUAUCACCUCUAGGUCGCAA